ACAUGCUCUACAACACGGAGUCAACAGGCUGUGCGGGACAUCAGACGGAACAUCACUACGACUGGACAACAUAAACAAACCGGCGCUCCAGCAGAGCCGUCCCACCAACUCAACUUUAGCCCCCUUGAAAGACCACUCGGUCGCAGACUUUUUUAAACUGCUUCACGUUUCCACCGGCUUGGGAUGUAACUUCCAGUGGGGAUUUUGCGCCCAGGCGGAGCACUGAGACUUUGCUUGAGUUUCUUAACAUUUCAGAGACGUAAGUUUUGACUUAUUUAAAAGGUGUCACACUUAUAUGACAUUGUAAGAACAUUCGGUCACCUCUCGACACCAUGGCGGAAGCGGCCCAGCAGCCACACCUGGUGGAAAUCGACCCGGACUUCGAGCCCCUUUCGCGGCCCCGGUCCUGCACUUGGCCCCUGCCCCGGCCGGAGUUCAUCAACCCGGGAGACUCCAACACUUCGUCGCCGGUGCCGUCCGUGAAGCAGGAGCCCGGCGUUGGCAAUGCGGAGUACAUCAACAAUCUGAGCCUGCUGGAGGAGAAUGAAGACUUCACGGAGCAGAAGCCGGUCAUCCUGUGCAACGAGUUUCAGUGUCAGGAAAACUGCGUCCACCAGCAAGCCCAACAUCAACAUCAUCACCAGCAUCAGCAGCAGCACCCAAACCCGCAACUCCCGCAUCAGCAGCAGCAGCAGCAGCAGCAGGUGCCUCUGCUCUCCACCCCGGUGGGCUCCUCACCUUCGGCAGCCGCAGCAGCUGCUGCAGCCGCUGCACAGAGGAAGAGCAGCUCCUCUCGGCGGAACGCAUGGGGGAAUAUGUCAUAUGCAGACCUCAUAACCAAAGCUAUUGAAAGUUCUCCAGAGAACAGACUAACGCUGUCUCAGAUUUAUGACUGGAUGGUGAAAAGUGUGCCUUACUUCAAGGACAAGGGAGACAGCAACAGCUCUGCAGGCUGGAAGAACUCCAUUAGACACAACCUGUCCCUGCACAGCCGCUUCGUCCGAGUCCAGAAUGAGGGGACAGGGAAGAGCUCGUGGUGGAUGUUGAACCCAGAAGGCGGGAAAAGUGGAAAAUCCCCACGACGCAGGGCUGCCUCCAUGGACAACAACAGCAAGUUCUCCAAGAGCAGGGGAAGAGCAGCAAAGAAAAAGCUGUCCCUGCAGGGUGGCCCCGAUGGCAGCGCAGACAGCCCAGGUUCCUAUUCCAAGUGGCCCGGCAGCCCAAACUCCCACAGCAACGAUGACUACGACGCCUGGAACGGCUUCAGACCUCGGACCAGCUCCAAUGCCAGCACCGUGAGCGGCCGCCUCUCACCGUUCGUGCCUGAGGACGACCUCGGUGAAUCUGACGUGCACAUGGGCUACCCUGGAGCUCCAGGAUCAAAGAUGACAGCCACACUGCCCAGCCUCACCGAGAUGACUGGUUCUCUGGGACACAGUUCUGAGAAUGUCAUGGAGAACCUCCUGGACAACCUGAACUUGCUGUCGCCCAACAACUCACAGGUCGGAGGGGGGGCGACGACCCCCGGCUCCUCCCAGUCCUCCCCCUCACCGAUGAUGCAGCCGAGCCCAGGUUACCCGGCCUACAGCUCCCCGAGCAUGGGCUCACAGUCACAGCAGGAGUUCCACAAGUGCGUCUACGGCCAAGCUGGGAUGAACACCUUACCUUCCAUGCCUCUGCAGACUCUGUCAGAAAACAAGUCCGGCUUUGUGCCCGGCAUGGGGCAAUACAGCUGCCCCGCCGGGCUUCUGAAGGAACUGCUGACGUCAGACACCGACCAGCACAGCGAGAUGAUGCCGUCAGUGGACACAGUAGUGUCUCAGUCCAGCGGGAGCUGCAUGCUGCCACCGUACAGCAGCAGCCAGCACGCAGCCAAACUCAUGGCAGGAGGGAACGCUCACCCGCACGGUCUCUCUCACCCCCACAAUGUGCACAGCCAAGGUCAGGCCACAUCGCCAGCUAUGAAUGGCCGCUUGCUCAUGUCACUGAGCUACAACGGGGGCGGCGCGCGUCUACCUGUCACCAAAAGCCCCAUGCAGAUGCCUUACGGCCUCCCUGGGCACCUCGGUGGGGGAGGCAUGCCCGGCAGCUUCUGUCCUCUCAACACCAAUGGAUACGGUCGAGCUGGCAUGUCCGUACCAUCGCACAUGGAGAAACUUCCAAGCGACCUGGACGAUAUGUCCAUCGAGAAGUUUGAGAUUGACAUGGAGAGGGUGCUCCAUGAAACACUCAUGGACGGCGACUCACUGGACUUCAACUUUGAGCCAGUCGUGACCCAACAAGGUUUCCCACACGGAGUGAAGACCACUACGCACAGCUGGGUGUCCGGGUAGAAAGUGAAGGCAAUCAGAGAUUUACUCAACUGACACAAUGCUGUUUAGGCAAAGAAAAAAAAAAUUAAAUAUGAGAUUAAAGUUUCGUAUCCAAAACAAAUAAAAAUAAUUUUAAAACAAUCACGCAGCAACAUUUCUGCUCCAAAAUUAUAUUUUCAGGCAACAUUAGACCCUUUAUGGACAUACCAACUUCAGAGCCAAUGAAGACAAGAUCAGGAUUUUCUCCAAGUGCCAAACAUUUUGCCUUAACGAGAGUCGAACUGAAACACAAACAGUGUCUUGAAAAGGCCUAAUACCCCUUAAACUUUUUCACGUUUUACCACAUUACAAUUACAUACUCAAUAAUAUUUCACUGGAAUUUUGUGACAAAAACCAACACAAUUUAAGAGUGAAUGUGACAAAAAAAAAUAAUACUUGUUCAAGAUUAUUUUGAAUAAAUAGGAGUGAAAACUUUGAAGAACCACCUUUCAUUGCAAUCACUUCUCCAGGUCUUUUAUUAAUUUUUACACAUUUGGAGAUUGACUUAUUAUAGACUGAUAUUAAUUUGCUCAUUCGUCUUUGUAAAAUAGCUCAAGCCCAAUAAGAUUGGAUGGAGAACAUUUGCAAAUAGCAAUUUUCACAAUGUUCAGGUGUUGACACAGACUCUCAGUUGGAUUUUGUUGUUGUACUUUGGUCCUUUCUAAAACAUGAAUAUUCUCCAUUCCAGCUUUGAAAGCCGAUUGGGGAUUGUUUUUCUGUUGGUAGAUCAACUGUUUCCCCAGACUCAAGUCUUCUGUAGACUUCAGCAGUAUUGCUUUCAGUAUUGCCCUCCAUUUUUCAACAUCCAUCUCCCCAACAUGGCUCAAAAUAUGCAUCCCGACAGCAUGAUGCUGUCAGCAUCAUGUUUCUGUAUGCAUAUAUUUUCCAGAGGUGAUUGGCAGUAUUAGAAUUCCUUCAUAAUUCAUGCUUUGUAUGUAUGUCAGAAGGUUUAAGUCUAGUUUUAGUCCAGAGCGACUUCUUCAAUAAAUCUGUCCCUUUACUCAUGGCAAAUUUUAAACAUUGCAUUGCUGUCUUUCAACAAUAGCAUUAUAAUUGCCAUUUAUCCAUAAAGGCCAAAUGUGAGUCUCUCAUCUGAACUGUGGUGCCUGUAACUGUUGCAGACUUACCAUGGGCUUCUUUGUAUUUGCAUAUGAUGAAAAAAAAGGAAACAAUAUUGCACUAGAGCUUUUGAUGUUGUUUUAUGAAUUAAUACUGAUCUCUGCUCACUGGCUAGGUGGGCAUGUUGGCUAUUGAUUUUUAUAAUGCUGUAAAUAAACAUAGGUUGACUCUAUUUAGUGAUUAGGUGAAAGCAUUCAAUUGGACUGGAUUUAAUUUAGGGAUGUCAGACUAAAGGUGGCUGAAUACAAAAGCACACCACACUUUUCAGCUUGUUAUGUCUGAAACAGUCUAUAAACUUUGAGUUGGUCUGUUGCAUAAAAUCCCAGUAAAAACACAUUGAAGUUUGUUUUUGUAACCUGACAAAAAGUGGAAAAAGUUAUAGGGGUAUGAAUACCUUUACUAGGCGCUGUAUUUCCAGUUUACACGCAAAAGGUUACGGACACUGCCAAAUACAUCUCAUCAUCAUCAGCAGCAGCAGCAGCAGCACAACAACCAGAAGAUGGGCACCUUCUCAGGCAGUUUGUAAUGUUCCAUCAGUCAAGCUUUUUGUACCAAAUAACUGAUUUCAGCUUCUGACGAAGGAUGAAGGUAACGCGUCUUGUGUGUUUUGGGACUGAAGUGCUUAAAAAUGAGAGAUUUCUUAGUGGACUCAGAAUGAUGUUACAUACAAACAUGCUUGUUGCCUGAGUGUACAUAAUGUAAUCGAACAGUUUGUAAUAUUUGUUUUUUUUUCUUUCUUUUUUUUUUAAUUGAGUUUGUAAAUACUGUUUACAGAAAGGAAAAUGAAAAUCAAACCAGCAGAAGUGAGCUCAAAAAUUAAAAUGAAAACUGGAUCUUUUAAUUACAUGUUGGGUGAACAGGUCAGUCAGGCUAAGUUCUUGUACAUACUUUGCAAAUGUAUAUUAAAAUGAAGCAGUACAUGUUUACUAGAUAUAGUAUAUAUUUGUGAGCUAAGUUAUUUGAGGUAAAAAUAGUUUUACGCUGGUGCACAAACUGCACUCGGACAUCGGAAUCAUUCUGAGUUAUUUGUCACUCUGAACCUUAAUACCACAGGGGCCUAUUUGUAGUGCCUGAAAAUGUAGAUUUAGACUGCAGGCUCAGAUAAUAUUGUAAAUGUCUACAGUCCAGGAUAUGCUUAAAUACAGCAGUCUUGAAGAGAAAAAAAAAAAAUUAAUCUCCGUUUGCUUUUCUGGAGCUCAAUUGAAAAAAAGUUGUAAAAUGAUGUUGCUGAGGUUUACUGAACACACGUUUAGUGCUGUGAAUGUUACUAGUUCCAGACAGUUUGGAUGAAAAAAAAAUUCCUAGUGCUGCUGUCAUUUUCACGCAAAUAACCAGCCUGUGCCAGAGCUUUGUUGUGAUUUCUUUCUGGUGUCAAAGGAUAGAGUUGAUCCAAAGGAGCCCUCUGAUGCUGUCUUUAAGAACAGCCUUACUUCUCUUAAUCUGCCCUCUCCUACCUCUGCUUAUUGUUGUCUCUUUUAAUAUUUACAUGUCUUGAUGGCACCUAAUUUUUGCUUAUUAAAAGGUUUACUAAAUUUAUUGUCCCUUAAAAAAUGCCACUGAGUGUUAGUCUGAUCUUAAGCUUGUAUAUUUGCAUUUUCUCGCAGAUCGUUGAAUUAACAGACAUUUCAUCUUAUGUAGAGUCAAAAAUGUGAAUUUGUCUGAGAACAUGACUUCAUCCGAUGAAGUCGGCUCAUUUCAUGGCGAAAAGGCUAAGAGGAUCAGGAAUAAAAAGGAAUUUAAUAAACGAAGUUUGACAGUAACUUUAGUAGUGGGAUUUACAGUCCAACCCACAAUUAUUGGCAACAUCUGGUAAAGCCUUGUGUAACAAUUCCUUUUUGCAGCUGCAGCAUAAUUCCAUAAUUUUUUUUUAACUUUACCAUUAACUUUACUGCAUUUAUUUAGUAGAGCAAGCUUCCCAUAUUAAAAAAUUAUAGUUUUAAGAACUGUAAAACUUAGAAAAAGCCUUUACUUAUUUAAUUUAAUUUAUUUGUGAAGGCAAAUGUAUAGUGAUCAUCACAAACCAGGACAUUACCACAAAAGAAUGUUAAGAGAUAUUGUUAAUCAACAUAGUUUAUUUUUACAGUUCUGACCUGUGAGUUGCAACAGAUUCACGUAAAUCUAAAUUAACUUUAAUCGUCUUAAAUGAAGCUUGUUAUAGAUGGGUUAAAAUGUAUAUUUCAUGGUAAUAUAAUGAAAUGUAGGUUUUGCACUAAAUUCACUUACAAAUACUGCUUUAAAUGGCACUCAUGGAGAUGGUUAUGUUUUUCAAAUAUCUUAGCAACUUAACCUUUGAUCCCCAUAAGUUCACAUGACAUCCUUAUCCUUUUUAGAUUACUUUCAUAUCAUUUUAAGGUUUUUUGUUGCACAUGUUUACCAGGGUUGCAAAAUUGUGGAGGGUGCUGUAUCUGGAGCAUGACAAGAGUUAAUCUCGUUUUGUUGAGGACUCUGCGUUUGCCGGUUUUUAUAUAACCUUUUUGACAUGACUUCAGCUUUAGAAACAGAUAAAUGUUUUGUGAAAACUUCAGUUUGAGCCUGUAAAUGGUGUAACAUUUCAGUACAGCCAGAGUAGUCAAAUCUUAGAAGACUAAAGCUGAAUUCUUAACCCUUUACAGAAAGCAGAGAAGCCCUCAAAGAAGCUGCUGCUUCGCCUGCAUGCCAGGCAUUGCCUUUCCUUAACCCAAACAUGCCAUUAUAUGUAAUAUAGCCAAAUUUGCCUUUGAAGUCAAAGCGAUAUAUUCAACGUCUCCAUCAUGUGAUGUGUUCAGAACCAUAUAUAUAAUUUUUAUGUGAAAAUUUAUAAAUAUAUUUGUGCCGGUCACUCAAGUCAGGAUUAAAUGUAUUAAAUCUAUGUAGAUUUACUCUAAAACUACAGAGCUGUACUAAGUAAAUUAUAUCUCUACAUUUUCAGAUGAUUGAAUCUAUGCAUUGUAUUUCUUAAUUCUAUGUUGCUGUUAUAUUUUCCUCCCUUUUUUUCCCCUUGAACUUUUAACAAAAAUAUUUUAAUGUAACAUAACCCUGUGAUGUUAUGGUGUUGUUCUUGUCAAAACUUUAUGUUGCUGAUUGUUAUAUGGGAGGGGGGAAUGAAAUUUAUUUAGAAAAUAGAUGAUGCAGUGAUCGAUAUGCUAAGCUUUUAACUAUACUGUUUUUACUGAAAUUAUCAAAGGUUUUUAGAAAAAUAGCAACAAAUUACUUUAAAAAAAAAAAACUUGUGAAGUUAUAUUGCAUUUUGAAAAUGAUAUACACAAUAUUUAUUCAUCAGAGAAGUCCUGCUCAAAAGGCAUGUUUUGGACCAAUUUAGAUGAUGCACUUUUACUUACAUUUAUUACAAAGGGCUCCUCGUAACAAGAGGAAGAAUUCCCACGUUAUAGUUUAGAGUCAAAAUCUGUUACAUUUACUUAAUAAAAAAUAAAAUAAAAACUGAAAUUGUGAAGUCUGAUUUGUAAUGAAAAGAAAAUGUAAUAUUGUUUGAUAUCAAUGUUUUCAGAUCUAAAUAAAUGUACUUCUGUGUAAAA